AUGAAGAUCAUAUUUUAUUUACUGCUGAUGCUCAGCGUUGGGCGAUGUGAUCAGAUCUUAGACAUACAGACUGUUGGUGUUGGAGAUGAUGUGACACUGAAUUGCACCCGCAAGUCUUCAGGAAGCUUGUUUUGGUUCAGGCUUAUUUCUGGAGACUUGCCUAAAGUCUUAGGAAAAACAUUUAGCUUUGAGACGGAUCCUCGCAUCACAGCCACUGAAGAGCCUGGAUUCUUUGUUCUGCGUAUUAAAGAAGCAAAGCUCAGUGAUGCUGCAGUUUACUUCUGCAUGAAAAUAUAUCAGAACAACAUCACGUUUCUGAAAGGAAUAGACCUCAGAGUUAAAAAACCUGAUACCACUGCAGUCCGUCUAGCAGACUCAGUGACUCUGCAGUGUUCAGUCCUCUCUGAGAACAAAACCUGUCCAGGAGAAAACUGUGAGUUCUGGUUCAGAGUUGGAUCAGAUGAAACUCAUCCCAGUGUCAUUUACACUCAUGGAAACGGUGGUGAUGUGUAUGAGAAGAGUCCCGAGUCUCACUCUCUGCAGAAAUGUGUCUACAUGUAUAAAAAUGUCAGCUCCUCUGACGAUGGGACUUAUUACUGUGCUUUGGCCACAUGUGGAGAGAUAUUAUUUGGAAACGGAACAAAACUGGAAUUUGAAGGUAUUGAAACCUGCCUGUGGUCACAAAAUGCCAAUGAAAUGAUUUUUCUGAUUUGUGGCGUCCAGGCUUUAAGUCUGAUUGUUAUCGUCUGCCUCAUUUACGCCUUCAAGAAAAAAGAGUCUGAUUGUUACAACGCUGCUGUUGCCGUGCAAAAACACAGGAGUGGUCAGCAGAGAGAUUUGGACGCACAGUUUUAUUCUGCUGUCGUCUUCACUGUGAUGAAAACUGGAUGUGAUGCAAUGAAGGAGAAAAACGCAGCAGAGAGACAGAGGAUCUACGCUGCUGUCAAAGCUUUUGGGUUGGAUUAG